UUCCCUGUUUGGGAAUUAGCUUCAAUUUGGGCCGCCUUGUCUAUCACUGUAUUGCCAUCCUGGAAACUGUUAGGUGCAAAACAGGUUUUUUGUUUUUGUUUUGUUUCGAGGGAGGGAGAUUUGCCGUAUUCCUACUCUACUUGCCUUGGGUAUGAGGUCAGCCUCCCAUGAGGUAUUUUGCUUGCUAUCCUACAGGAAGUUUUAGGGGCCCUAGAAUCUUCUCAGAAUCAGAGUAUGUGCCCAUAGGUUAGUCAGCUAUGACCAUGCAGUAUUCCCAGCCUCCCCCCUCUUCCCCCACCAUCUGCUUCCUCUGAAUAUACCAGAUUGGCUGUACACCAGGAUGUUCCGGGAAUCCCCAGGAGAGCAACAGAAUGUGAUGGACCCAAAUACGAUGCCUCAGUAACUCAUUCCAGGAUGUACAAACUGUAACUGUCAGGACACUCCUUAUAGCUAAUUAAAAUUCUUCUAGUUACAUCUAUUUUCUAUUACAUCUAUCUAUUUUCAGUGACAUCCAAAAGGCUAAAAUAAUCCCUCUGGUACUGGUUUUUUUUUUUUCCCUAUGAUUCCCAGAUAGGAAUUUUUAAAAAUCCUCUAGCUUUUCUCAGUGCCUCCUCUGUGUGCUAAAAUGGCAAAUGCAGCCCCUCUGGCACUUCAUAGCUCUACCUAUGGUUCUGAGGUGGCCACAGUGGCUCCUCUGGUAGCCCACUGCACUCUCCAUGGUACUGAAGGGAUGACCAUUUGUUUUUCACAUUUCUCUGGGGUCCAGAAAGUCCUGUGACUCAGAACCACAAAACUUUUGAGCUGGAAGGGACCAUCAGUAUAAAUUAGUCCAACCCCCUUAUUUUACAGAUGAGUAAACUGGGAGGUUAAUUGAUAUACUGAAAGUUGAAGGGCUAUUAAUGGUCAGACUGGGCCCACAGUAGCCUUGCACCCCUCAGUCCUACUCUAAUUCACCUUUCAUGACACUACUCUGAGCCCGGCUAGGUUCUUGGGCCCAGGAAAGGGGCUUAUUUGGAGGAUCUAGAAGAUGAGAGUGGAUGCCCUAAUUUGGAGCUACAGAAAUACAAAUGUUGAAAGUCGUAGUGGAGGUUGUUUAGUGACCCUUGGACGAGGACACUUUGUUAAUUAACCUCCUGUUAAUAAAAUUCCCAUAACCCACAUUCCACGUGUAACAGGUACCUGCCCCUUCAUGGAGUCUUAUCACAUCCACUAAAUGUCCAAAAUUAAAGAAGCCUUGGACCUCCAGAGCCUUUUCUCUUUGCUGAUAAGCAGGGCUGACUCCUGGCCCAAUUCUCUUCUAUUAAAGAUCCUUAAGCAAAGUAAUGCUUGAGUCCUUUUCUUUCUCAGUAACCCAUUUCAGUUUCACAAUGCCUAUUGUAAGGAAGUUCUUUAUAUCUCAAAUAUUCUUUCUAUCUCAGGCAAAAAAAUAGGUUAGGCCCAAGUUCGUCUAGCCUUGAACGGAUACAAUUAUAUAUGUAAGCAGGAAGGUUGACUGGACGACUUCUGGUCAUUCUCCUAGGCCUGUUUCUAUGAAUCUUAAUUCUGGGGUUGCUUCUAAGUCCUAAUGCUAACCUCCACUGCAGCUUAGAAUCAGGAGUGUCACUCCCACCCCCAGCGUCUUCCUCUCAGUGCUCUUCUUCCUCACAACUGGAGCUCUGCACAUCCCAGGCCCAGGGAAUUUUAGCCUGGAGAAUUUUAACCCUUUCCUGUUCAGAGCAUGUGCUGAGCCCGUAUCUGUGCAGAUGGCCCAGCCCCGCCCCCCAUCCCUCACUCCAGCCUCUUGAGCUCAGAGCCAGUGUAAUCCUCCUCUUGUGUGAGGGAGCCUCUCCCCUGCAGAGAGGAGGAAAGUCUGCUUCGGAACAGCCCUGGACAAAGGGGCUGAGAUGCCCCAUCAAACUGCAGGCUCCAAGCUCUGCAGCACCUGUUGCCUUCACUAGCAGCUUUUCCUCCUCCUCUUCCCUGCACUCCCCAGAACCAAAGAAUGUGAAGGGGGUCCAUGGAGGGCUCACGUCCCCGCGCCCCGGGCGGCCACUUAGCGCCGUCGCCGCCGGCCUUCGACGGCGAACUGGAUCUGCAGCGCUACUCCAACGGGCCAGGCGUGAGCGCCGGGUCUCCAGGGAUGGGAGCAGUGGGUUGGUCUGAGAGUCGCACUGGCGAACGGCGCUUUCCCUGCCCUGUAUGCGGGAAGCGCUUCCGCUUCAACUCCAUCCUGGCUUUGCACCUGCGGGCGCACCCGGGCGCCCAGGCCUUCCAGUGCCCGCACUGCGGCCACCGCGCAGCCCAGCGGGCCCUGCUGCGCUCGCACCUGCGCACGCACCAGCCCGAGCGCCCGCGUAGCCCUGCCGCGCGCUUGUUGCUGGAGUUGGAGGAGCGCGCGCUACUGCGCGAGGCCCGGCUGGGGAGAGCCCGAAGCUCAGGGGGCGUGCAGGCCACCUCUGCCACUGAGGGCCCUGCGCGGCCCCAGGCUCCUUCGUCGUCCGCCUUCCGUUGCCCUUUCUGCAAAGGCAAGUUUCGCACCGCGGCGGAGCGCGAACGCCACCUGCACAUCCUGCACAGGCCCUGGAAGUGUGGCCUGUGCAGUUUCGGCUCCAGCCAGGAGGAGGAGCUGCUGCACCACAGCCUGACGGCCCACGGAGCUCCUGAGCGCCCCCUGGCGGCCACUUCGGCUGCAUCCCAGCCUCAGCCUCCACCGCAGCCUGAACCCAGAUCGGUCCCCGAGCCCGAGGCGGAGCCUGAACGUGAGGCAACCCCUGUCCCCGCUCCUGCCGCUCCCGAGGAGCCCGCUGCGCCUCCGGAGUUCCGCUGUCAAGUGUGUGGCCAGAGUUUUACGCAGUCCUGGUUUCUCAAGGGCCACAUGCGCAAGCACAAGGCCUCCUUCGAUCAUGCGUGUCCCGUGUGUGGCCGCUGCUUCAAAGAGCCCUGGUUCCUUAAGAACCACAUGAAAGUGCAUGCCAGCAAGCUGGGCCCACUGCGUGCCCCGGGGCCUGGUUCCGGGCCCGCCCGGGCCCCCCAGCCUCCUGACCUGGGCCUGCUGGCCUAUGAGCCGCUGGGCCCCGCGCUCCUCCUGGCCCCGGCGCCCACCCCGGCUGAGCGCCGUGAGCCUCCAAGCCUCCUGGGCUACCUGAGCCUUCGAGCUGGGGAGGCCCGGCCCAAUGGUGAGGGCGCUGAGCCGGGGGCUGGCCGCAACUUCGGAGGCUUCCGCCCACUACCCUCUGCUCUCCCGGCCCGGGCUCGCCGGCAUCGCGCCGAGGAGCCAGAGGAGGAAGAGGAGGUGGUGGAGGCGGAGGAGGAGACCUGGUCCCGGAGCAGGUCACUGGGCCCCCUGGCUUCACUGCACCCGCGCCCAGGCGAGGGGCCGCACUCUGCGCCUGCUCCGGGGGCCCAGGCAAGGUCCAUCGCCACGCAGGAAGAGAAUGGGCUGUUAGUUGGAGGGACCCGGCCUGAAGGGGGCCGGGGCGCCACCGGCAAGGAUUGCCCCUUCUGCGGAAAAUCUUUCCGCUCAGCGCAUCACCUCAAAGUGCACCUGCGAGUGCACACAGGUGAGCGCCCCUACAAGUGUCCGCACUGCGACUACGCGGGCACCCAGUCCGGCUCGCUCAAGUAUCACCUGCAGCGCCACCACCGGGAGCAGAGGAGCGGGGCUGGCCCCGGGCCGCCCCCGGAGCCGCCGCCCCCUUCCCAGCGGGGUUCGGCCCAGCAGUCAGGAGCCAAGCUGGCUCCGCAGCCUGCGGCCUGGGUGGAGGGCGCGGCGAGCCCCCGGCCUCCUUCGAGCGGCGCCGCGCCGGGGUCCCGUCGGAAGCCCGCCAGCCCCGGGAGGACCCUGCGCAACGGGCGAGGCGGUGAGGCCGAGCCCCUGGACCUGUCCUUGCGGGCAGGGCCAGGAGGCGAGGCCGGGCCGGGGGGUGCCCUCCACCGAUGCCUCUUCUGCCCUUUCGCCACUGGAGCCCCCGAGCUCAUGGCCUUGCACCUGCAAGUGCACCACAGCCGCCGGGCUCGGGGCCGCCGGCCUCCUCAGGCCGAUGCGUCCCCACCCUAUGCCCGGGCACCGUCGGGAGAGACUCCUCCUAGUCCUCCGCAGGAAGGGGAGGAGGGUCCCGGGCUGUCGAGACCGGGAGAGGCGGGGCUGGGGGGGCAAGAACGGUAGGGAGCCCUCUUAGGGGCGGUUAGCUUAGAGAGCUUACCCCGCCGGAGCGGGGGAGCGCUAGAGGUAGUUGGGUAGAGCAGCCAGCAGGGGGCAGCAUGGGACCCACAUCCCAGCCCCAGGCGGACCAGAGGUGGAGGGGGCGGAGGGCGUAGGAGGGUGGGCGGGCAGUACCCACCCAGCCCAGGGGAGAGUCACAGUGCCUUAGAAGUGGCAGGAGUGAGCAUCAAAGAACGGGGUCCCAGGGCUGGCAGAGAGGGUUGUGUCCCUGUUGAGGAGCCACUCUGCCAGUCUUUGCUGGUCCAUAGGCGUGAGAGUUUAUUUUUGUACAAUGGGUGGGGGUGGGGGGCACUGUACCCUUCUAGCCCCUUCAGGGGCCCUGUAGACGUCGCUAUUUUUGGUACGAUUCCUGUCAUCCCUGUCGCAGAGUUGUGUCCCCAAUAAACAGGUGUCUUGAGGCACA